AAAUCUUCUGUUUUUCAUUGAAUUCGGUCUCAAUUCAAGUUUAAGGGAAACAAGAAUGUGGUUAAAAUCGGGAAUAAUACUUUUCAUGUGUGUCAAUCAUAUUUUGGCGUUUAGAACAGGCGCAGGCACAAGUGCUUGUGCGACUAUGAUGCCAAAUCAUGAGGGAAAUGUUCCACAGACGACAGAGCCUCCUUACACGAUUAGUGUAUCGAGCAACAAUGUUAUUCAAGGCGAAGUUUUAACUGUUACUAUCGAAGAUCCUUCAAGAAUUUUUCAAUUCCGAGGAUUCUUAAUACAAGCAAGACCAUCACAAGCUUCAACUGAAGUUAUUGGAACUUUUUUCGAGAGUCCUAAUGCAAGAAAUGUUGCUUGCGUCGGUAAUUUUCCUGUUGAUUCUGUUUCAACACACAGAGAUUCAACAUUGAAAUCGAGCAUAACAUUGAGAUGGCAAGCACCACAAAACUUUCGAGGAACUGUUCAAUUUUUAACAGGCGCAGGCACAAGUGCUUGUGCGACUAUGAUGCCAAAUCAUGAGGGAAAUGUUCCACAGACGACAGAGCCUCCUUACACGAUUAGUGUAUCGAGCAGAAAUGUUAUUCAAGGCGAUGUUUUAACUGUUACAAUCGAAGAUCCUUCAGGAUUACUUCAAUUCCGAGGAUUCAUAAUACAAGCAAUAACUACAAUAUCUCCCAGACGAGCUGAUCAAAGUAUUAUUCGACUUCUUCAAUCGCGACUAGAAAACGGUCGACUGUAUUGUCGAGUUGAACGUGACAGUAUGACGACAGUGCAAGGCAUGCAGUUUGAUUUAGUUAACGAUAAACAUUAUUUGUUGUUGGCCAUGGGAACUGAGACAACUACAAAUGCGAUUGGAACGCAUGGGCCUUGGAGUGAAUAUUCUGAAGAAGCUGUUUUAUUAACGCAACCAAGGAAUCUUGAACCUGGUGGUACUCGACUUUUAAUCAUGGUUCAUGGAUCUUUCAUGAUAGUUGCGUGGAUUGGAACAGCUUCAAUUGGAAUCUUCUUUGCUAGUUACUUCAAGAAGACGUGGACAAAUCAAACGAUAUUUGGAAAGGAUGUUUGGUUUGUUUGUCACACAACGUGCAUGAUGUUAACAUGGCUUCUGACAAUUGCAAGUUUCAUUAUCAUUUUUGUUGAGACUGGAGAAUGGCGAACUUCAGUUCAUGCUGUAACUGGAACGAUCACUACGGCGUUGGUCAUUAUACAACCUGUUGGUGCCGUCUUUAGACCUAAACCGGAAAGUCAUAAUCGUCCAAUCUUCAAGCUAAUUCAUUCCGCUAAAGGAAUUUUUAUGUAUAGACUUGCAAUUAUUACACUUUUAUUCGCCGUUCCAUUACCAGCUGCACGUCUGCCCAGUUGGACUUCUUUCAUCCUUGUAGGUUUUAUCGUUUUCUACCUGAAAAUGAACUUUUUCAUGACGCUUAUUGGGACUUUAGGAGAGAUGAAACGUAAAAAACAACCAGGUUCAAGCAAACAUGCUCCAUACACAAUUCUUCGUAAAACAAUUCUUGGCUUCUUUAUUAUCGUAAUUUUAUUAUUUGUAAUUACUUUGGUUCUUAUUUUGGCAUGGCCAGCUUAACAAUUUCUUACUUAAAUACUUCAUUUUUGUUAAUUAUCAUUUAACGAAAUAGUCAGACUUGCAUCAAUUUUCUCUUUUUCGAUUGUUUUCUUAUCAUAUCGCGAACAUCAAUCACAAAUUUCAAAUUGUCAUGCUACUGAAAAUGAAAAUAAACCGAACAUUUUCAAUCAGA